GCCGCAGCGUUGUGUAAACUCACAUUAAAGUGACCGUAGUGUAGUUGUGUAGGUGUAGUUAAUUUGUGGAGAUUUAUAUUACUGAACAAAACGUGCAGCACCGCCCCUCCAGCAGUGACGCCUCUGCGCUCCGAGGAGACUCACCGACGGACGGACUGACUGACGGAGCGGCUGCGUGGCUGCGUGGGGAGCCGGUCUGUGGGCGCAACGCAGCGGGAGGACUUUCCUAUAAAAGCAGGAAUCCCACAGCCAGCCGAGGCUCUGUGUCUCUGUGUCUCUCUGUCUCUCUGUCACCGGCAACACAACAACAGCAGCUGCGUUAUUUAACCAUCUUCAACCUCUUCAACCUAAAGGAAGUCUAUGGUUCUGACUGACGUUCCGACCAGGAUGUCCCGGACCGACGAGGUGCACCGUAUCACGGAGAAUGUCUACAAGUCCAUCAUGGAGCAGUUCAACCCCUGCUUGCGGAACUUCAUAGCGAUGGGAAAGAGCUACGAGAAGGCGCUCACCAGUGUCACAUAUGCUGCAAAGGGCUACUUCGACGCUCUGGUGCGGAUGGGCGAGAUGGCCAGCGAGAGUCAAGGCUCUAAGGAUCUUGGGGAGGUGCUCUUUCAGAUGGCUGAAGUGCACAGACAGAUCCAGAUCCAGCUUGAGGAGAUGCUGAAGUCUUUCCACAACGAGCUGCUCACAGAGCUGGAGAAGAAGGUCGAGCUGGACGCGCGCUACCUGAACGCUGCGCUGAAGAAGUACCAGAUGGAGCACAAGAGCAAAGGGGAGAGUCUGGAGAAGUGCCAGGCGGAGCUGAAGAAACUGCGCAGAAAGAGCCAGGGCAGCAAGCACCCGUCCAAGUAUGGAGACAAGGAGAUGCAGUACGUGGAGGCCAUCAGUAAUAAGCAGACCGAGCUGGACAACUACAUCGCCGAGGGCUACAAGAACGCUCUGUCCGAGGAGAGGAGGAGGUACUGCUUCCUGGUGGACCGCCAGUGUGCCGUGGCCAAGAACAGCAGCGUCUACCACAGCAAGGGGAAAGAGCUUUUGUCCCAGAAGAUCCCCGUGUGGCAGCAGGCGUGCGCCGAGCCCAACAAACUGCCAGAUCGUGCCAUGUUCCUGGCCCAGCAGAUGAGCGGCGUAGCGGGCGCCAUGGUCCCCGGUGGUCAUCAUCCAGGCAUGCCCAUCUCCGAGCCCAUCCCCGGUGCUAAACCGCUGCCGGUACCUCCAGAGCUGGCGGCCCUCAGGGCCAGUGGGGGCAUGGGACAGCAGAGGCUGAUGGGAGGCGUUGAAGGAGGGAUGGCGGUGAUGAACGGCACAGCGGGCGCUCACGGAGGGGAGGACUACCAGCAGUGGAUGGAAGGCAAGGUGGCCCAGGGCAAGCCUUCGCCGCAGACCCAGCGGCAUGGAGGCGAGGUCUACUCCAACACCCUGCCUGUACGCAAGGUCGCCCCGGCCAAGAGCAAGACCACACUGACAGAGACCCGUACGCUGCCCCGGUCCAGCUCCAUGGCGGCAGGGCUGGAGAAGAACGGGAGGACUCGAGUCCAGGCCAUCUUCUCCCACGCGGCCGGUGACAACAGCACCCUGCUCAGCUUCUUCGAGGGCGAUGUGAUCACCCUGCUGGUCCCCGAGGCCCGGGAUGGCUGGCACUACGGAGAGAACGAGAAGACGAGGAUGCGUGGCUGGUUUCCCUUCUCCUACACCCGGGUGAUCCAUGACGCUGACGCCAGCUCCAUGAGGCAACUUCGAGUACACAACCUCCACGGGAAGAGCAGCAGCACGGGCAACCUUCUAGAGAGAGAAGACAUGGCUCUCCCCGUCCCUGAUUACGGCAUCCACUCCCAUAUGGCGGCACAGAGCGCUGCGGCGCUGCAUGGCAGACAACAACGCCCCUACAGCGUGGCGGUGCCAGGCUUCUCACAGCAAGGAGUUGAAGAGUACGAGCCCCGCUUCCCCACAAGUUCCACAGAGGGAAAAUUGAUUUCCACAGUGUGAGGACAGAAAGACAAACAGACUCAGCCAGACGAUGCGAUAGGACAGGGGGGGCCGAACCCUUACCCCUUCGUUCCCUCCCUGCCUCCCCACUUAACGACAAUAAACUCUCCCUGAGCCAAUCAAAGCAAGGAAGAGGCUUUUGUCUGUAUCCUCCCCCCUCUCUCUGAUCUCCCUCCUCUUCCUCCCCCCUACCCCGCCCUGUGCUGUCUAACCGGGCCGGUGGUGAAGCCUCGGUGCGGAGCCGCGCCGCACCACAACAAAAACUCUGUGCCAUCCCAAUAUUCAAAAAUCAACGUGAUGGACAUUUUCUCUGAGGAAAAUGUAUCUUUUGCUUGUCUUUCAUGCAUGCACAUCUUUUACAUAUUUCCUCACCAACGGAACCACAGACAUCAGUGCUCUCUCCCAUCAGAAUGACUAUGUAAAGGAUAUGUUAUAAUCAGGGUGUGAAAUUAAUGAUCCCAAAGAGGAUUUUCAUGUAAAAAAAC